GCCAGGACAUGCUCACGUUGCUAUCGUUCGUUCAGAGAGACUUUCAGUUGACUUGACUAUCAUCCAUGUGUCCUGCACUGCAAAACGCUAACGCUAACGCUUAUCGUUCGGGUUCGGUUUGUUCUUCGGAUUCUGCCAGUCUAUAUAUACCGGCAGAGCAUCAGCCUCCAUGAAGGCAGCAGCUCCCUACCUCUCCCACCACCAUUCUCCAAGCUCAAGCCAAACCCGUUCUCUGAUACACCACAAGCACGCUCUAGUAUCUACUAGAAAUGGACCUCCUGGCUGCCCUCAUGAAGAUCGUCGACCUGAUCUCCCAGGCCCUCCGCAACGUGGAGAAGCUGCCAGCGGCCCUGAUCACAAGCGGCAUCGUCCAAGCCGUGGCAGCGCUCGCACUCUCAAUCUUCAAGGCUCCCGGAGGUAUUUUUCUGCACCACGGCAAGGCGCCCUUCUACCUGUACUACAGCAUUCUCAUCGCCGUGGUGAUCUUCGGAUUCGCGGAGGCGUCUGCCGGCUUUUGGGUGUCCGGUGACCUGGUCGGCCGCCGCGCCGUCGGGAAGACAAUCAUGUGGAUUUCGAUCUUACCAAUAGUUCUUGUGGCUGGGCUUGGAGGCUUUGGCAUCCUGAAAUAGUAGUUAGUCGCAGCCGCAGUUGCAUGUUGUAUUCUGAAUUCAGUUUUACUUACCAAUUUCUCAUACUGUUGUGACUUGUUAGUGUAAAGCAAAAUUCAGUUGUGCUGUGUGAGCAUGAGGUUUCAGGUGUUUCCUCCAAUUGUAGUGCGGUCUGUAUGUCAGGUUUGGGUUAUU